AUGCAGAAGUCCCGGGCUAUCAAUUCCGCCCUGGGUGCGCGGGCAUUCGCCCCGACCCCGCGGGUAUCCGUCCACAUCCAGCGCCGCAACCUCCAGGAUGUCGCUAUCACUCGCACUGGAAAGCCUAUCUUGAAGGUCCAAGGUGGCCGCUCGUCCCUCGGAGGUUACACCGCGACUGUCUUCGGCGCCACUGGUUUCCUGGGUCGCUAUAUUGUUAACCGACUUGCUAAGCAGGGAUGCAACGUCGUCAUUCCCUACCGUGAGGAGAUGACCAAGCGUCACCUGAAGGUCACUGGUGAUCUGGGUCGCAUUAGCUUUAUCGAAUACGACCUGCGCAACACCCAGUCCAUCGAGGAGAGUGUCCGUCAUUCCGAUAUCGUCUACAACCUUGUUGGUCGCCAAUACCCUACCAAGAACUUCUCCUACACCGAUGUCCACGUUGACGGUGUCGAGCGCAUCGCCGAGGCUGUCGCCAAGUACGAUGUCGACCGUUUCAUUCACGUUUCCUCCUACAACGCUCGCCGGGACUCUCCAUCCGAGUACUUCGCCACAAAGGCCUGGGGUGAGGAGAUUGUUCGUUCCAUUUACCCCGAGACCACCAUCGUGCGUCCUGCCCCGAUGUUCGGAUUCGAGGACAACCUCCUUCACAAGCUUGCUGGCGUAGCCAACUUGUUCACUUCCAACCACAUGCAAGAGCGCUUCUGGCCCGUUCACGCCAUCGAUGUCGGAAAGGGUCUGGAGGCUAUGCUGCACGACGAUACCACCGCUGGUCAGACCUUCGAGCUGUACGGCCCCAAGAACUACUCUACCGCCGAGAUUGCUGAGCUGGUCGACCGCGAAAUCGUCAAGAAGCGCCGCCACAUCAACGUCCCCAAGGCUGCCCUCAAGCCCAUGGCCCACUACCUCAACAAGCUCCUGUGGUGGCACACCAUGUCCGCCGACGAGGUGGAGCGUGAGUUCCUUGACCAGGAGAUUGAUCCCACAGCUAAGACCUUUGCCGACCUUGGUAUCCCACAAGCCGAUCUGGCCGAUCUGGCUGACCUGACCUUCCACUACUUGCAAAUGUACCGUAGUGCCUCCUACUACGACCUUCCCCCGGCCACUGAGCGUGAGCGACGUGAGGAGAAGAAGUACCUGCAUGUGCUGGACGACCAGUAG